AUGGCCCCGUGGAGCCGAGAGGCGGUGCUGAGUCUCUACAGGGCUCUGCUGCGCCAAGGCCGAGAGCUCCGCUACACUGAUCGAGACUUCUACUUUGCUACUAUCCGCCGUGAGUUCCGGAAAAAUCAGCAGCUCGAGGAUCCUGUGGCCCGGGAGAAGCAGCUAGAGAAGGGGCUGGUCUUCCUUCACCGCAAGUUAGGGGGGCUCAUCUAG